AUGGAUGUGGAGAUGAUGAAGCAACGCCAGAACUUCCGCAACGUCUGGCAUACGGAUCUCACCCACAGCAUCCAGGGCGAUACUCCCUAUUGCUGCUUCGCAUUGUGGUGUGCCCCUUGUGCGUCAUACUUGCUCCGAAAGCGUGCGCUUUACGAUGAUAUGUCAAGGUAUGUAUGCUGCGCCGGUUACAUGCCUUGUAGCGGCAGGUGUGGAGAAAGCAAAUGUCCUCAAUUUUGUCUUGCCACUGAGGUCUUUUUGUGCUUUGGAAACUCUGUGGCCUCGACUCGUUUUCUUUUGCAAGAUGAGUUCCAAAUUCAGACGACACAAUGUGACAACUGCAUCAUUGGAUUCAUGGUUUGCCUUAACCAAGUAGCUUGCAUAUUCUCCAUUGUUGCAUGUAUCGUCGGCAUUGAUGAGCUUUCAGAAGCUUCUCAGCUGCUCUCUUGUUUAGCAAACAUGGUCUACUGCACGGUUUGCGCAUGUAUGCAGACACAACACAAGGUGGAAAUGGACAAGAGAGACGGUAAGUUCGGUCCACAGCCAAUGGCAGUGCCUCCGGCUCAGCAAAUGUCACGGUUUGAUCAAUCCACUCCACCCGCAAUCGGUUAUCCUCCACAAGGUUAUCCUCAACACCCUCCACAAGGCUAUCCUCAACACCCUCCGGCGUAUUCUCAAUACCCUCCCGGUGCUUAUCCUCCUCAAUACCCUCCUCCUGGUGCUUAUCCUCCUCAAGCUUACCCCAAGUGA